AUGAUCCUGGCGUCCCUAUUGGUCUUCUUCACCUGCAUCUGGAUUACACUGACACCAAAUGCUUUUGCUGCUGCUGAAAUCAAGAAGCCCCACCAGUGCUGCUCCUCUUCAAUGAAAUGGACCCGCAAACAAGAAACUAGAAUGAGGAAAGACGACAGCACCAAAGUGUGGCCCCUGAAAUACAAGCAACUUCUCCACAUAGAGGACCAUGACUUUGCAAUGAGACCUGGAUUUGGAGGAUCUCCAGUGCCAGUGGGUAUAGAUGUCCAGGUUGAAAGCAUUGACAGCAUUUCCGAGGUUAACAUGGACUUUACAAUGACUUUUUAUCUCAGGCAUUACUGGAAAGAUGAAAGGCUCUCCUUUCCCAGCAAAACCAACAAAAGCAUGACCUUUGAUCAUAGAUUAAUCAAAAGGAUUUGGGUGCCUGAUAUCUUUUUUGUCCAUUCUAAAAGAUCCUUCAUCCAUGAUACAACCAUGGAGAACAUCAUGCUGCGUGUACACCCUGAUGGAAACGUCCUGUUCAGUGCCAGGAUAACUGUUUCGGCCAUGUGCUUUAUGGAUUUCAGCAGGUUUCCUCUUGACGCUCAAAACUGUUCCCUUGAACUGGAAAGCUAUGCCUACAAUGAGGAGGAUCUAAUGCUGUACUGGAAACAUGGAAACAAGUCCCUAAAUACUGAUGAACACAUCUCCCUUUCUCAGUUCUUCAUCGAGGAGUUCAGUGCAUCCAGUGGAUUUGCUUUCUAUAGCAGUACAGGUUGGUACAACAGGCUUUUCAUCAACUUUGUGCUAAGGAGGCAUAUUUUCUUCUUUGUGCUGCAAACGUAUUUCCCAGCUAUGCUGAUGGUCAUGCUUUCAUGGGUCUCAUUUUGGAUUGACCGAAGAGCUGUUCCUGCAAGAGUUUCCUUGGGAAUCACCACAGUGCUGACCAUGUCCACCAUCCUCUCUGGUGUGAGUGCCUCCAUGCCCCAGGCGUCCUACAUCAAGGCCGUGGAUGUGUACCUGUGGGUCAGCUCCCUCUUUGUCUUCCUGUCGGUCAUUGAAUAUGCAGCCGUGAACUACCUCACCACAGUGGAAGAACGGAAACGAUUCAAAAAGACAGGAAAGAUUUCUGGAAUGUACAAUAUUGAUGCAGCUCGAGCCAUGGCCUUUGAUGGUUGUUACCAUGACAGUAAGACAGACAUGGACCAAACUUCCUUUUCUCUCCACUCAGAAGAGGACUCCAUGCAAGGAAGAUUCACAGGCAGCCCCAGCAUAGAUUCACCUUGGAUAAAGAGAAGACAACCCCUAGGAGGGCAUGUUGGUAGAAUCAUCGUGGAGAACAACCAUGUCAUUGACUCCUAUUCACGGAUUUUAUUUCCCAUUGUGUACAUUACAUUUAAUUUGAUUUACUGGGGUAUCUAUGUGUAA